GCUGCGCACUGUGGAUACAUGGGCACUAUGGAUACGCGGCGAAUUUUUCCACUUUGAAACUUUACAAUGAGGAACAAAGGUAACGCGCCUUGUUGGGAGCGGGAGAGUUAAAGCUCUUCUGGAUGACUUUCUUCAAGGUUUGUGAGAUUUUGUUGGGUAACAAGCAUGGAACUAUUACUGUAUUGGAUAUGGUUGUGUGCCUUGUUCAGCGCGCCUCUUGCUUUGGAAAUACAUCUUUCGGACACUUUACAACCCGGGACAGUUUUGGCAAACUUGUCACUUGGUCCGGGAUGGAUGUACAAACUGGACAGGACUUUAACUCCCACGUUUCUUCAAAACUUAAUUCAAAUUGGGAAACACGAUGGGGUUGUGCGCCUGUCUCACCGCGCUCAGUGUGCGUCCACACUGAGAAACCCUGCGCCUGUGUACUUUACGACAGGUUCCUUGUCAUCUGAAGACACUGUUAUGACACGUUUUGAUGUAUUUGUCCAUGGACAAGACUGUUAUAUUAAAUACAAGAGAAAGAGUGCAUCAGGUAAGCCCGAUGUUAGCAUUAAACACAACUCCAGCCUGGAGCCAACUUCCUGCUUACACACAGGUAAAGUGCUACUGAAUGUAACAGAACUGCUGCCCUCUUUUACGCACAGUAUCGACUUCUCUGACUCCUUCUGUGCUGACAAAGAACUGGUUUCAAUGUUUAUACACGGGAGUUUAGUCUUGGCCAGUGAGUUUUGUCUUGAACGCGAAGAAGUCAACGUGCACUGCGCUCUUCACAGCCACCCGGGAGGUAGGCUCUCUGUGCUGCUCAGUGUGAGGCUUGCGUCUGAUGGAUAUUUUCCAGAAACAGUGCAGGAAAAGUUUGUCAAGUCGUUCCACAGAGGCAAGCGGCAGGUAAACACGUCUCCCCAGUUCCAGCUGCCCAGCUAUCAGGUGUCUGUGCCCGAGAACGAGCCCGCUGGGACCCGGGUGAUCACGCUCAAAGCCACUGACCCAGAUGAUGGAGAGGCGGGGAGGCUGGAGUACACCAUGGAAGCCUUGUUUGACAGCAGGUCAAACGACUAUUUCGCCAUUGACUCCAAAACUGGCAGCAUUUUCACACUUCAGGCUCUGGACAGGGAGUUCAAAGAUACACAUGUUUUCAAAGUUACAGUCAAUGACAAUGGCACUCCUAAAAGAUCAGUCACCUCUUUCCUCACUGUUACUGUCAGCGACACCAAUGACCACAGUCCAGUUUUUGAACAAACCCAAUAUCGUGUUAACAUAAGGGAGAACAUGGAAGUCGGUUUUGAAGUCAUGACAGUGCGGGCUACAGAUGGGGACGCUCCAUCAAACGCCAACAUGAUCUACAAAAUAGUGAAUGAAGAAGAAGUUGGCUCUGUUUUUGAAAUUGACCCCCGAAAUGGCUUGGUUAGGAUCAGAGAAAAACCGGACAGGGAGACAAGAGCCCAGUACACACUUAUUGUUGAAGCCAAUGACCAAGGCAAAGACCCAAAGCCCCUAACAGCUACCGCCAUUGUUCAUAUUAAUAUUGAAGACGAGAAUGACAAUGUCCCACAGUUUAGUGAAAAGAAAUAUGUUGUCCAAGUCCUGGAAAAUGUUAGCGUUAACACCAAAAUUAUCCAAGUUGAAGCUACAGAUAAAGAUGAAGGGAAUAAUGCCAAAGUUCAUUAUAGCAUCAUUAGAGGCAAUGUAAGGGGGCAAUUUUACAUCCAUUCUCCAACUGGUGUUAUAGAUGUUAUCAACCCUCUGGACUACGAGACCAAUAGGGAAUACAAUUUGGGAAUCAAAGCUCAAGAUGGUGGCAGGCCUCCUCUUAUAAAUGUCACAGGGAUGGUUGUAAUCCAAGUUGUGGAUGUUAACGACAAUCCACCAAUGUUUGUCAGCACUCCCUUCCAAGCUAGUGUUUUGGAAAAUGUUCCUAUUGGUCACUCGGUCAUACAUAUCCAAGCCAAUGAUGCCGAUUCAGGUGAAAAUUCACGUUUGGAAUAUAGGUUAACAGGCACGACUCCCGGAUUUCCGUUUAUAAUCAAUAACAGCACAGGUUGGAUUACAGUCUGUGUGGAAUUGGACAGAGAGACUACUGAGUUUUAUACAUUUGGGGUUGAGGCUAGAGACCAUGGCGUACCAUCCAUGUCGUCAUCAGCUAGCAUUUCCAUAACAGUUCUUGAUGUUAACGACAAUGUACCGACGUUUACUGAAGAAGUUUAUUCGCAGAAAAUCAAUGAAGACGCAGUAGUGGGGACUAGCGUUCUGACCGUGACAGCCAUAGAUCGAGAUGUCAACAGUGUAGUGACCUAUCAAAUCUCCAGUGGCAACACAAGAAAUAGGUUUGCGAUCACAAGCCAAAGUGGAGGUGGUCUCAUAACACUAGCUUUGCCACUAGACUAUAAACAAGAACGACAAUAUGUGUUAACAGUUACAGCUAACGAUGGGACGAGAUAUGACACCACACAAGUCUAUAUCAAUGUUACAGAUGCUAACACAAAUGCGCCUAUCUUCCCAAACACUAACUAUCAGGUGAUGCUAAGUGAAGACAAACCUAUUGGGACGACAGUAAUGAAUAUCACAGCUACAGAUGAGGAUACAGGUGAAAAUGCACGUGUAACUUAUAUGAUGGAGGACAAUGUUCCUCAGUUUAAAAUCGAUCCAGAUUCAGGGGUUAUCACAACUCAAAUGGAAAUAGACUAUGAAGACCAAGCGUCCUAUACUUUAGCCAUAAUCGCUAAAGAUAAUGGCAUUCCUCAGAAAUCUGGUAUGACACACGUAGAUAUUAUAAUUCAGGACGCUAACGAUAAUGAACCUCAAUUUAUUCGCGAUGCGUAUCAAGGGAGUGUAUUUGAGGAUGCACCAAUCUACACCAGUGUACUUCAAAUAUCGGCUUCGGAUCGCGAUUCAGGAUUAAAUGGCAGAGUGACCUAUACUUUUGCAGGUGGAGAUGAUGGAGAUGGGGAUUUUUAUAUUGAGGGAUCCACUGGAAUUAUUAGGACAUUGCGAAAACUUGACCGUGAAAAUGUUCAGACCUAUAAUCUUAAAGCAUUUGCAGUGGACAAGGGCAUUCCUCCACUUAAAACAGGUGUAAAUAUCCACAUUGUAGUCAAAGAUAUAAAUGACAAUGCGCCAGUUUUUGAGAAGGAUGAGCUAUUUAUUAAAGUUGAGGAAAAUAGCCCUGUAGGGUCAGUGGUGGCUAGAAUCACCGCUACAGAUCCAGAUGAAGGAACAAACGCCCAAAUCAUGUACCAAAUUGUUGAAGGAAAUUUUCCAGAAGUUUUCCAAUUGGACUUAUUCAAUGGAGAUCUUACUUCACUCACUGAGCUGGAUUAUGAGACGAAAAGGGAGUAUGUCAUUGUAGUACAAGCCACUUCUGCCCCCUUAGUCAGCCGCGCUACUGUCCAUAUAUGCUUGGUUGACUUGAAUGACAACAAACCGCAACUGCAAGAUUUUGAAAUUAUUUUCAACAACUAUGUCACAAACAAAUCUAACAGUUUUCCGACUGGGAUUAUUGGGAAAGUGCCUGCUCAUGAUCCGGAUGUGGCGGAUAAACUCAAGUACAAGUUUAUGUCUGGAAAUGAGCUGAAUUUACUCAUUUUAAAUGAACACACUGGAGAUUUGAGGCUGAGUCGAGACCUGGACAACGACAGAGCACUGGAGGCCCCCAUGACCAUCUCAGUAACAGACGGUCUCCAUACAGUGGUUGCCCUUUGCACUCUGCGUGUCACCAUCAUUACAGACGACAUGUUGACCAACAGCAUCACAGUGCGUCUGGAAAACAUGUCCCAGGAGCGCUUCCUCUCCCCUCUGCUCGGGCUUUUUGUGGAAGGCGUGGCUGCGGUCCUGUCCACUAAACGUGAAGCAGUUUUUGUCUUUAACAUCCAGAACGACACAGACGUCCAGGGCUCCAUACUCAACGUGACCUUCUCCGCCCGGCAGCCUCACAGCGGAGCGGGCAGGGGGGCGUUUUUUCCCUCAGAGGAGCUCCAGGAGCAGAUCUAUCUCAACAGAACCCUGCUUCGACUCAUAUCCUCACAGGAGGUGUUGCCAUUUGACGACAACAUCUGCCUGAGAGAACCAUGUGAAAACUACAUGAAGUGUGUGUCUGUCCUGAAGUUUGACAGCUCUCCUCCGUUCAUCUCCUCUGACACUGUCCUGUUCAGACCCAUCCACCCCAUAAAUGGGCUCCGCUGCCGCUGUCCCGUGGGCUUCACUGGAGAGUACUGUGAGACCGAGAUCGACCUGUGCUUCUCCGGACCGUGUAAGAACAACGGCCGGUGUCGCAGCAGAGAAGGGGGCUACAGCUGCGAGUGCCUGGACGACUUCACCGGAGAUCACUGUGAGCUGGAUGCCUCCUCAGACCGCUGUGUACCUGGAGUGUGUAAAAAUGGAGGAGAGUGUGUGAACAAAGUGAACGGAGGCUUCAGCUGCAGGUGUCCCCACGGAGAGUACGAAACGCCAUACUGCGAAAUGACAACGAGAAGCUUCCCCGGACAGUCCUUUGUCACCUUCAGAGGGCUCAGGCAGAGGUUCCACUUCACCAUUUCAUUCAUGUUUGCUACCAGAGAAAGGAACGCUCUGCUGCUUUACAACGGCCGCUUCAACGAGAAACACGACUUCAUCGCUUUGGAGAUCAUCGACGAGCAGAUCCAGCUCACCUUUUCUGGAGGUGAAACUAAGACCACAGUGGCCCCAUACAUCCCUGGAGGAGUCAGUGAUGGACAGUGGCACUCGGUACAACUUCAUUACUACAACAAGCCAAACAUCGGGCGCCUGGGCUUCCCCCAUGGCCCGUCUGGAGAGAAAGUGGCUGUGGUUGCCGUUGAUGAUUGUGAUAUCUCCAUGGCGAUCCGCUUCGGGAAACGAAUCGGGAACUACUCCUGUGCUGCACAGGGAACACAGACUGGACAGAAAAAAUCUCUGGACCUGACUGGACCCUUGCUGCUGGGUGGAGUCCCAAACCUCCCCGAAGACUUCCCGGUGAGAAACAGGGACUUUGUGGGCUGCAUGAGGAACCUGACCAUCGACAGCAAACCCAUCGACAUGGACGGAUACAUCGCCAACAACGGCACCACUGCAGGAUGUCCGGCAAAGAAGAACUUCUGCAGCAUCAGUGUGUGUCAGAAUGGAGGAGUGUGCCAUAGUAAAUGGGACACCUACAGCUGCGACUGCCCCACUGGCUACGGAGGCAAGAACUGUGAACAAGUGAUGCCGUCCCCGCAGUUCUUUGAUGGCCAGGCUCUUGUGUCUUGGACUGAACCAGACAUCACUGUAGCGAUCCCCUGGUACGUGGGCCUCAUGUUUCGCACCAGGAAGAGUUCCGGGACCCUGCUCCAGGCCAACGCUGGUCCUGCCUCCACCAUCAGCCUCAUGAUGACUGAUCAGAAUGUGCGUCUGGAGGUCUUGCACAAGCAUCAGCUCGUGGCUUCUAUGAGUUUUUCUCAAAUUCGAGUGAACGAUGGAGAGUGGCACCACGUACAGAUGGAGCUGAGCAGUGUGAAGGAUGGCAAUGCCAUCAAAUACACCAUCUCUGGAUCCCUGGACUAUGGCAUGUACAAGAAGUCUGUGGUGAUUGGUAAUGACCUACCAGGGCUGAAGCUGCAGACUCUUCAUGUUGGAGGUUUACCUGGAGAAGACAAUCGCGUCCAGAGAGGAUUUGUGGGCUGCAUACAGGGAGUGAGAGUGGGAGAGACCCCGUCCAGUGCAUCUAAUGUGAACAUGGCUCAGGGAAUGAAGAUUCGGGUGGAGGAGGGUUGUGACGUGGCCGACCCCUGUGACUCCAACAUCUGCCCCGAGAACAGCCACUGCAGUGACGACUGGACCACCCACUCCUGCAUCUGUGACCCAGGUUAUUUUGGUAAAGACUGUGUGGACGCCUGCAAACUGAACCCCUGUGAACAUGUGUCCACCUGCGUCCGAAAGCCCAGCUCCUCCCACGGAUACACCUGUGAAUGUGAAGAGAACUACUAUGGCCAGUACUGCGAGCAUGUAGCCAAGAAGCCCUGUGCUAAUGGCUGGUGGGGGAAUCCUGUGUGUGGCCCCUGUAACUGUGACACGAGCAAAGGAUUUUUCAAAGACUGCAACAAAACCACUGGAGAGUGCCGCUGCAAGGAUAACCACUACCGCCCUUCUGGAGAAGACUCGUGUUACCCCUGCGAAUGCUUCUCCUUGGGCUCAGAGUCCCGUACAUGUCAUCCCCAAACAGGACAGUGCCCCUGCAAAGGAGGAGUGGUGGGGCGUCAGUGUAACCAGUGUGAUAACCCAUUCGCCGAGGUCACCGUCACCGGCUGUGAGGUGGUGUAUGCGGGCUGUCCCAAAGCGUUUGAUGCAGGGAUCUGGUGGCCCAAGACAGAGUUUGGUCGUCCUGCCGCCAUGAACUGUCCCAAAGGAUCCAUUGGUACGGCCAUUCGUCAUUGUAGCGAUGAAAAAGGCUGGUUGGCCCCUGAGCUGUUCAACUGCACCACAGUGACCUUCUCCCAUCUGAAGAAAUUGAAUGAGGACCUGCGCCGCAACACUUCCAGGAUGAACAACGAACACGCCAAGACAAUAGUGCGCAUGCUCCACAGCGCCACCGACAGCACGCGGGAGUACUACGGGAAUGACGUGAAGACGGCUGCUCAGCUUCUGAACCAUGUGCUGAUGUACGAGAGCCAGCAGAGUGGGUUUGACCUCACCGCGGCCCAGAACGCAGACUUCAAUGAGAACUUGGUGCGAGCGGGCAGUGCCAUUUUAGACCCUGACACUAAAGAGCAUUGGGAUCAGAUCCAGAAGACUGAGGGGGGGACAGCACAUCUGCUCAGGAACUUCGAGGAAUACGCCAACACACUGGCCCAAAAUGUCCGCAAAACCUACCUCAAGCCCUUCACAAUCGUCACAGAAAACAUGAUCCUGACUGUGGACUACUUGGACGUCACAGAUCCAGACAGAGCCACGUUUCCUAAUUUUCCGGAAAUCCAGGAGCCUUUCCCCAAAGAGCUGGGAUCCUCUGUGCACUUCCCUCAGUUCAAAGAGCGCACUCAAGCCAGCAAAGUUGAUCCCACUCCAGCUCCUGCUCAGACUGAUGCUCCGCAAGAUGAAGACCACACAGAGUCGAACCGCAGACGCCGCCAUCUUGAACCCACAGCCCCUUUACCUGUCGUCGUGGUGAUUGUCUAUAAGUCACUGGGGCAACUGUUACCGGAGCAAUAUGACCCUGACAGGAGAAGCCUCAGAUUGCCGAACCGUCCGGUGAUCAACACAGCUAUUGUGAGUGCCAGAGUCCACUCAGAGGAUGGCCCCCUCCCCUCUGUCCUGGAUCCUCCAAUCACCCUCCAGUACACCCUCCUGGAAACUGAGGAGAGGACCAAACCUGUCUGCGUCUACUGGGACCACUCCAUCCCGAUUGGAGGGACUGGCGGCUGGUCGUCUAAAGGCUGUGAGGUGCUUAACAGGAACAACACUCACAUCAGCUGUCAGUGUAAUCACAUGACCAGUUUUGCCGUGUUGAUGGACAUAUCCAAGAGAGAGCACGGCGAUGUGAUGCCUCUGAAGAUCGUCACUUACUCCACGGUCGCAGUGUCUCUGUUCUUCCUCUUUCUCACCUUCAUCCUCCUCUGUGUCCUGCGUCAUCUCCGCUCAAACCUCCAUUCCAUCCACAAGAACCUGGUGGCCGCCCUCUUCUUCUCUGAGCUGGUCUUUCUACUGGGCAUCAAUCAGACCGACAACCCGUUUGUGUGCACGGUCAUAGCCAUCCUGCUGCACUACUUCUACAUGUGCACGUUUGCCUGGAUGUUUGUGGAGGGGCUGCAUAUCUAUCGGAUGCUGACUGAAAUGAGGAACAUAAACCACGGUCACAUGCGCUUCUACUACGCAAUCGGCUGGGGCAUCCCUGCCAUCAUCACUGGUCUUGCAGUUGGUCUGGAUCCACAGGGAUAUGGGAACCCAGACUUCUGUUGGCUCUCAGUUCAUGACACUCUAAUAUGGAGCUUUGCAGGACCCAUUUUUGUAGUUGUCUUGGUGAACAUAGUAAUCUUCAUCCUGGCAGCGAAAGCAUCUUGUGGGCGGAGACAAAAGGCUGCAGAGAAAUCAAGAGCAAUUCCUGCCCUCCGUACUGCUUUCGUCUUGCUGUUGCUCAUUAGCGCCACCUGGAUGUUGGGUUUGUUGGCUGUAAAUAGUGACGUUAUGAUCUUCCACUAUCUGUUUGCUGGCUUCAGCUGUCUGCAGGGAGUAUUCAUCUUCUUCUUCUUUGUGAUCUUCAACUCUGAGAUCAGGAAAAACCUCAAGAACGUCUUCACAGGAAAGAAGAGUAUCCCUGAUGAGGCCAGCACAGCCCGAGCCUCCCUGCUCACCCGCUCUCUGAACUGUAACAACACAUACCACGAGGACGGCCUGUACCGCUCUGGUUUUGGUGAAUCCACAGUUUCUUUGGACAGUACACUAAGGUCAGCCAAGAGCCACAGCAGCUACCUGGCAUACGUACUCAGGGAGGAGGCAGGUCAAAAGCCCAGUGUCUCAUCAGGAACAGCUAAAGGACACACAGACCUGGACGGACCACUCUUCCAUCGCAACGGGACAAAGGGAGACGACUCGGACUCUGACAGCGAACUAUCAGGAGAUGAGAACAGCUCCUCCUACGCCUCAUCCCAUUCAUCCGACAGUGAAGACGACGACGACAUUGACAUCAAACCCAAGUGGAACAAUGAGAGGCCCAUCCACAGCACACCCAAAGCUGAUUCAAAUCAUGUGAAGCCUUAUUGGCCAACGGAGAUGACCACAGCCAGUGACAGUGAGGAUCCUGGGGGUCCCGACAGGUUACGAGUGGAGACUAAAGUGAAUGUGGAGCUCCAUUCAGAAAACAAACUGAACCAUACAGGAGACAGGGAGACGCCACAGCCUAGGGAUACUCCUGUGAAAGACUCCACUGCACCCUCUGCACCUGCCAACAGCAACCAUCAACCAGAACAGAGGAAAGGUAUCCUAAAGAAUAAGAUCAGCUACCCUCCUCCUCUAUCGGACAAAAACAUGAAGAACCGUUUGCGAGAAAAACUCAGUGACUAUAACUCCCCGACCAUCACCUCCCCCCCUCCCAUCAACAACAACAGCAGCACGUCUCCCCCGGGAUCUGUCAACAUCAUGACCCCAACCUCCAGGACACCCUCCAUCACCUCUGAUUCAGGGCGACCAGGUAACCACGAGAACAGCAUCAGCACCGGGAACAACGGCACUGGGAACCAUGGUAACAUUAUCAGCACGGGGAACCAUGGCAACAGCACUAAGAUCAAACCUCCCGUCGCCCCGCGGCCACAGAUUGCGGUAGGCCACCCCCCAGCAGCCAUUUACAGGGAGACGAACGGGGGCGUGGCCAUGCACUUGAAGUCCGGGACGGUCAACGGGGACAACGAGUCAGAUUCAGAUGGCAGUAACGAGACUUCAAUCUGACCAAUAGGAAAACUCAGACCAGCUUGCCAUUGUGAAAGGAGGGAGGAAGAAACAAGGGGCGGAGAUGCUGAGAAUUGGGUCAAAACCGACUUCAAGAUCCAGCCAGUGCUCCCCUUUGGAAAGCAGUAUUAAUUGACUUGAAUGAGCACGAAUCAAGAAAGUAAAACUAUAAAGGGAAAGCUGUGUCGGACUGCACUACAAGAGGACGUGCCAAAACCGCUACAGGAAAUGGAAAAGACAGCUUACAGGAAGUAGCCCUGAUUGAUGCUCUUCUUCUGUGGUGGCACUAACACUAAGGACUUUGGUUUUCUCAUGAAGAAAAUGUGUUUGGUACAUAAAUAUUUCAAAGACGACGUUAAAAGUUGGUAAAAGCAUUUGGGAGACACGUGCACUGCUUGGACAUUGUGACUGUGCAUGUAACAAAUCCCUCCUCAAAUACAGUAGUUUGUCACAAUGCUCUUCUGUGGACAAAAGUGUAUGUAGAGUGUAAUUACCUUGUAGAUAUUGUUAAAACUGAAGAAGAUUUAUUUUGUUAAGCAGCAAAAGUGAGGACAAAACUGGACCGCAUUGGAAGUAUACACAGUGGCUAUGGUCACACUAAUGCUUUUUUAUUAUUUCAAGUCAUCAUAGUUUAGUGAGGCCAAUAAUUCAAAAUAAUUUACAGCAACACAUUCACUUAGUGUUUGGUGCUCUAUAUCAUAGUUUGGUGAGACUUCUGACAAUAAUUCUUACAUUUCAAUGAUAAAAAAAAUAAAUGAAAUUGGUUAUGAUAAGAGCUGGGAGAUACUGAAGAAAUGUAAUAUUUUCUAAUCUAAAAUAUGUUAAAACUUGCCCGUAAACAAGAAAAAGGUAACACAAAACAUGAAACAAAAGUUAAAUUACCUACAAAAA